AUGCACGCCACGCAACAGGCUCGACGUUUGCCACCAGAGAUACAGAUGCCAGCAAGCUCGGCGCUCGAACAGCGAUGCUUUGACGUCUCCAAGAAAGUGGAGGCAGGCAGUGGGCCGCGGCCCCGUAGUAUAUUCUCGUCGUUGUGCGACAUGACGGAUGAUCUGUCCGAGCACGACACGACACGACAUUGCCUAUCAGACUUGAAAAGACGUAUUGGAGUUCGCGACGUAGACGCAGAGUGCCCAAGCAGCUGCAAGAACAAGUGGCAUCCCUUUGCUGAGUCGGUGGUGCAAAUCUUGCGACAAGACCCGUUGCCGCACUGCUUGGUCAAAAGGGGUACUUAUGACUGCAAGAAUGCCCUUCGGGACACGACUGCAGCAACCCAGGGUCGGAGAUACAUUGCGGUAGCAACUGGACCGCAGAGGGGGCCACCGGUGGCUCGUUCGAUAGAAUCAGAGGAGUCGAUGGGCCGUCGCAUUGCGUUCGAGGCGGAAAAAAAAACCGAGCCCUUCAAAUCGCACCAAGAUGCCGCGAUAGCAACCCAAUUACGACACGCCUCUCGUCGAGAGGCCUGCCCAGGGUGGGUAGAGGCUUUGAUGGGUAUCCUACAACACGCAGUGCCAUAG